CAGCAGUGUCCCCUCCGUUCCUGAGACGCUCUGUCCCUUGGCCAUUCAGAGUCAUUUCUGGGAAGGCCAGGGCCCAGUUUCUCACGAGGAGUCCCCGUGCUCUGGCAUUCUAACCACCCCGCCAAGCUGCCUUGAGAUGCCAGUGUUCUGGAACUAUCUCCCAGUCACAUUUAGAAUCCCAGAACCCUCUGGUCCUGGACACAGCACCCAGAGCACCAGUACGGACGCCAGUCCAGUCCAGUCCCAUGGCCUGCCUGAGCCCCUCACAGCUCCGGAAGAAGAGUGCAUGGCCAUGAGGCAGAGGAUGGACGUGAUCCUCGCAGAGAUGGAUGUCCCUCCCCACUGCCGCACCGAGUUCUCUACGCAGGAGGACGAGCAGCUACGCGCCCAGGGCAGCACCGACUAUUUCUUGAGCAGUGGUGACAAGAUCCGGUUCUUCUUUGAGAAAGGCGUUUUUGACAAGAAAGGAAACUUCUUGGUCCCUCCAGAGAAAGCUGUCAACAAAAUUGGCCAUGCCCUCCACGCCCACGACCCCGUCUUCAAGAGCGUCACCCACUCCCCCAAGGUUCAGGCCGUGGCCAGAAGCCUGGGCCUCCAGAUGCCUGUGGUCGUGCAGAGCAUGUACAUCUUUAAGCCUCACGUUGGCGGCGAAGUCUCCCCUCACCAGGAUGCCACUUUCCUGUACACGGAACCCCUGGGCCGGGUGCUGGGAAUGUGGAUUGCGGUGGAGGACGCCACGCUGACCAACGGCUGCCUUUGGUUCAUCCCCGGCUCCCACACUAACGGGGUCUCGAGAAGGAUGAUCCGGGCCCCUGCGGGCUCAGCACCCGGCACCAGCUUCCUGGGGUCGGAGCCCGCCCGGGACGACAGCCUCUUUGUGCCCACGCCAGUGCGGACAGGGAGCCUGGUCUUGAUCCACGGGGAAGUGGUUCACAAGAGUGAGCAGAACCUCUCUGCCUGCUCUCGCCAAGCCUACACGUUCCACCUCAUGGAGGCCGCGGGCACGGUCUGGAGCCCGGAGAACUGGCUGGACCGGGCCCUCCCUGCGAAGCCACACCCCCAAAGGCUGCACUAUUCUUCCCUCCCUCCCCAAGCCGUACUCCACAGCAAUGUAGCCAGGCUGGCGAGAGGCCCAAGAGACAGACAGCAGCCCCUGCUGGGCGGUUACUGGGCGCUUCUUCCCCAAAAUAUUGGCCUCUCUGCCACUCUUCUGCCCAACACAGCCUCCUCCUUGAAGUGGAUUUUCAGCUGUAAAAGGGUUCUGGGACAUUCUCUUCUUUUGGGAAGAACUAUGACCAUGAUAGAUAAGAUGCCAAAUAAAAACAAGUUUCCGCUGUAGCAGCUUCUCCCUCCAUCUUU